AUGAGUGACAUGGUGACAGAGAUUUUGGCCUUUAUUCUGACCACAUCUGGCUGGGUCCUGAUCUCCUCCACCAUACCCACGGAUUACUGGAAGGUGUCCUCUCUGGACGGCACAGUCAUCACCACAGCUACCUACUGGUCCAACCUGUGGAAGGCAUGUGUCACUGAUUCAACAGGAGUCUCCAACUGCAAGGACUUUCCCUCCAUGCUGGCACUGGACGGUUAUAUUCAGGCCUGCAGGGGUCUGAUGAUCGCUGCUGUCUGCCUGGGCUUCUUUGGUGCCGUCUUUGCCCUGGUCGGAAUGAAGUGCACCAAGAUUGGGGGAUCAGACCAAAGCAAAGCCAGAAUGGCUUGCUUCGCCGGGGUCAAUUUCAUACUCAGCGGUCUCUGCUCGUUGUCCGCAUGCUCCCUGUACGCACACAGAAUAACAUCUGAGUUUUUUGACCCCAUGUAUGUUGCUCAGAAGUAUGAACUGGGAGUUGCCUUGUUCAUUGGUUGGGCAGGAUCUGUCUUGUGUGUUCUGGGAGGGGGGAUAUUCUGCUUCUCCGUAGUAGAUAGUUCCACUAGAAGCUCCAGUCGCACAGGCUAUGCCUACGGAGGACCUGCCUCCACCUCCCAUGUCUCUUCCCACCCUAGAGGGCAUGCACAGCCCAUGAGCCAGCGGCCUCCACCCAAAUACAACAGCUCCUCCAGAGCACAGCACUUUGAUAAGAAUGCCUAUGUAUAAGGGAUGAUAGGGAAAAUGCAGAACUUGAACAGAGGAAGACUCAUCGCCACUCCAGAUAAAAGAUAA